AUGUGGCGACUGAAUGACAUGUUAUCCCUUGACCGGUACAGCAAUCUUGCGUGGGUGGGUCUGUCAAACGGUGUUGUUACUGGCUACAACCUAUUAGACAGAGUGGCAACUCACUAUUUGUAUAGUAAUGGUGUGAAUUUAGUUGGAAAUUACGCUAGUUGUGGAUGCUUACUCUCAUCGGUUAAUCAUGUCGCCUCCAUUGAACCAGGAAUUCUGUGUGCAUCUCCAUAUAACAUUGAUUUUUUGGCCCGUACAGGUGGGAGCCCAAUUGCAAUUUUGGCCAAGGACGCUUUUGAGAACAUGCCAGAAGAUUCGCACAUUGCCACGUCACUACUCAAUGCCGAUUCUAUCAACCUAUCAAUAUAUAAUUAUUUACUGGCAAUAGACCCUAAUAAUGGCAAACAAAUUAGUUGUGCCACUCUCUCUAAUCCAAUCGUUUCCCUUGCAGGCUACAACGGCGAAUCCUCCAAUACAUGUUGCGGUAUACAUGCAACGAGGACUCUUCGUGAUAUUAACACAGCGCCUAAUCUAUUUGCGGCUAAUACUAAUGCCAAUAGGUUCCCUUACAAUCCACUAGUAACUGUAGGUACCGUUAGUGGCAAUAUUGAGCUAUUCGAUUUCAGGGAGAAUGAAUCAGUAGCUCGUAUAAGAGCCCACAAAUCAAGAAUUUUGGAUUUAUCCUGCAACAACUUUUACAUUGCAAGUGUUGGUUUGUCAAUUCAGGCUAUAUUCGAACCGAUUGUUAGGUUGCAUGACUUACGUAUGCUAAAAUCUCAUGUCAAUUGGCUUGGAUUUCCGGUUAAUAUGGUACAAUUUAUCAACAACGACUAUUACAUUGCAGCUGGUGGAGAUCAUUAUCAUAUUUGUCACAUAAAUGGCAAAGCCAAGACUCAUAGAAUUGAUAACUUGAGGCCAGGCGAGCAUAUGCAAACUACAAUUCUUUCCUUCGCUCAUAGGCAUAAUUCAAUUACCAUUUUGCACGAUGAUUACAGCAUUUCACUUGAGAAAUUGCCUGAAACAUUUUUAAAUGAUGAUAUUUUUGACUCAUUCGAAUCAUUGAAAGUUGAUACGUCUCAAUUAUCACUAUUUAGCUCACAAAAAAAUGACACAAAUUAUCCACAAUUACUAUCAGUGUCCAAAGAUGACCACUCAAACGUUGUGGCUCAAUUCUUAUUUUUUUGCCCCGGAGUCAUCAACAUAUGUACCCACGUAUGUCUCAUUGAAAAUUGCCUAGCCUGUAUGCUCGCCUCUGCGCUUAAAAUACUAGUUACCCAACAUCAGGAUAAGGUAAAGGAACUAGGUUCAUCCGUAAGUAAAAUUUCCAGAACUUUCACAGGAAGAGGUGCUAGUAGAAAGAAACUCAUAAAAUCCUGCUACAAAGUAUCAUGUCUAGUUCCUAAAUCAUGUAACAUUAAAACAGUGAGGGAUGAUAUUGUUCAUUUGUUGGACAAUAUACAUAAAGACCUAAAUAUAGUGUCUGAAUGUACGCUGAUACACGACAUUUUCGGUGUGCACGUGAAUAUCAAUUAUAAAUGUCAAAAGGAUCAUAUUACGCAAGUGGUACAAAUUUAUAAUUCUUUGCGCGUUAAUGCCACUAUUUCUGAUAAUAGCAAUGAUAUUGGAGAAAGGGGUGUUAAAGUUACAGGAUCAAAUACUGCUACCUUCAUUGAACUGUUAAAUGAUAUGUUAUAUACUAUUUGCGUUGCUAAAGCCUCUUGCAAAGAUUGUAACCAUGUAUCAUCACUAGAAAAGACUUCAAAAAUUUUCAAAUUUUCCAAUCUAAUUUUCGUCGAAUGCCUUGGAGAAUCAUCAGUUUGGAUGAAGAAGGGUUUUAUACCUACCCAUUUCUAUAUAGACACCAAUACUGGCAUAGAUUCAAAGAAUUCUCUAUCAGCUUUAAGCACUUCUUCUAGCAAAAGUUCAUCAAAAUACAGCUUAAUUACAGUGUUAUCAUUCUAUAACAAUGCUAAUAACAUUUCUUUUGGCAUUGAUGCUAUGGCCAAAGUAUUUGGCUUUGAAACAAAAUUAAUAGCAUACACAAGAACUGACAAUGGCUGGAUUAUGAUCAAUGGUUCCAACAUGUACACUGUAGAUAAUAUUGAGCCAUUAGAUUUUUCCCAUCCUUUCAAACUUCCAAUUGCACUCAUAUACAAGAAAGAACAACUGGAUCCGGUGCAAAUUAUUAACCCUGCACAUAGUAACACUGAGUCAUCAAUUCUUGAUGGUAAUAGACGUGUACCAAUACCGUUACCUACAACGAAAUGUCCUGUGCCCUGCACGAUAUUUUUAAACGAUACAAACCUCGCCCACAAUUUGAAAUCGCACAAACAAGCCCUGACAUUCACUCCACUUUCAUUGACCGAGUUGGGGAGAAUUAGCACUGGCGAUUUUACUUUGGCAUUGGAUAUUGAAUGUGUUAGUGGAGAUCUUGAAAAGAGGAUGUUCUAUAGGCCUUUUCUUAACAGUGAAAAUGUCGAGUCCAAUAUUGAAUUGAUUCCUCCCAAAGCUACUCCUGUGCCUAUACUUGCAAGAGUAAGCAUGAUUAGGGCUAGCGGCUUAAUGGCCGGAGUUCCCUUUAUCGACCACUACAUAUAUCACAAGUUGCCACCCAAAGACUAUCUCACUAGAUAUUCCGGUUUAUUUCGGGGAGAUCUAGAUCUCAGAGAGUCCAAGCACUGGCUUACCACCAAGAAAUCGAUAUAUCUCAAAACUCGCCAUUUAGUGGAUUCUGGAUGCAAAUUUAUCGGUCAUGGAAUAACCAACGACUUUCAAAUCCUAAACAUAGCCGUGCCGAAAGCUCAAAUUAUAGAUACAGUUGAAUUAUAUUGUUUGCCUGGGGAAAGAUACAUCUCACUUCAGUUUCUAGCAGCCCACGUACUGAAGAAGAAGAUCCAACUUCAGACCCAUGAUUCUGUUCAGGACGCCAUUACAUCAAUGGAAUUAUACAAAUUAUACCUAAAAGCUAGCGAAAAUGGUACAUUCCAAGAAAUUGUCAAACGCCUGUACCAAAUAGGAUACAAUACUAAUUGGAAAAUUCCAAACUGA